UUUCUUCCCAGCAGUGCGUGAAGGAAAGGGAAAGUUCCCAUGCAGGAGAGCAUCUCUGCGCUGAGACAAAGAGCUGGUGUGCAGCGGCAGUGUGUUACACGCAGAGAGGGAGCGGGCUGAGCGUCGGUGUGAAGGAGGUGAGUCUGUAGGCAGCAACAGAGGAGGGACUGAAAGCAGCGCCGAGUCUCCAUCAGGAGCUGCCGGACAGGCGCUGUCCGCUCAGCACCACCGCAGUCACCUUGCUGUGAAAGUCACAAACCUGCUCAGGACUCAUCUCAUCAAUUACCGCAACUUGGGGGAAUCCAAUGAGCUGGAUCUGCGCUGCUGCCGGGGGGGAUAUUUGUCAGCGUUUGUGCUUUUAUCUCGACAUCUUGGAUUUACAGACGAUGUGACGUCCAUUCUUAAUGUGAUGCCAUUGGCUGUAAUCAUUUUGGAUUUCGAUUCUAUACCCUCCAGUGAGUCUGGCAGCUAUAUUUAUGAUCCUCCAGUUGCAUGACAGGUGCUUUGAAGGGAACACAGAGUGAAUGUAGCCUUAUGCGUGUCAAACAGCCCCGAUUUCUGUCAUAGUUGGUGAGAGACGACAGGUUGUUUUUUUGCGCGCCGCUGCUGCCUUUGUGUAAUUGUUUCCUUCAUGGUUGCACGGUAGACUUACCUUUGCGAUGAAGGGAACUUAUUGGAGAAAUGCCUAAGGGACGCAAUGGGCCUGAGCGACGACAAGGAUCGCAUUGUGAUAAACGUGGGAGGGAUCAGACAUCAGACAUACCGCAGCACCCUGCGCACUCUACCUGGCACCCGCUUGUCCUGGUUGGCCGAACCUGAUGCACCCAACCACUUUGACUAUGAUGCCAAGAUCGAGGAAUUUUUCUUCGACCGCCACCCCGGCGUGUUUGCACAUAUCCUCAAUUACUACAGGACAGGUAAACUGCACUGCCCGGCUGAUGUCUGCGGGCCCCUCUAUGAGGAGGAACUGGCCUUCUGGGGCAUUGAUGAGACAGACGUGGAGCCAUGCUGCUGGAUGACCUAUCGCCAGCACCGGGAGGCAGAGGAGGCCCUUGAUAGUUUCGGCGGGGGGGGCCUGUUAGACCUGGGGAGCGAUGAUGCGGAGCCAGAGCUGGAGCACACUGCUGAGGAUGAUGUGGAUGAAAUGACAAGGAGGCUGGCGCAGGGAGACACUCAUGAUGCCAGGAGCGGCAGCCUGUGGAGCCGGUGGCAGAAACAUGUUUGGGCUCUGUUUGAGGACCCUUACUCCUCUAAAUAUGCAAGGUGGGUGGCUCUGGCUUCGCUGUUCUUUAUUCUGGUGUCCAUCACCACCUUCUGUCUGGAGACCCAUGAGGCCUUCAACCCCAUCAUAAACCGCACUGAGGUGGAGGUGGUGGACAACAUCACAGUGGAGCACACCUACCAGGAGACUGAGACUGCGCUCUACCUCACCUACAUUGAAGGCGUUUGUGUGGUGUGGUUCACUUUUGAAUUUCUAAUGCGAAUAACUUUCUGCCCGAAUAAAUGUGACUUCAUUCGGAACGCCCUGAACAUCAUCGACUUUGUGGCCAUCCUGCCCUUCUACCUGGAGGUCGGCCUCAGCGGGCUCUCCUCCAAGGCAGCUAAGGACGUGCUGGGCUUCCUGAGAGUCGUCCGCUUUGUGCGGAUCCUGCGUAUCUUCAAGCUGACGCGUCACUUUGUGGGACUGAGGGUGCUGGGCCACACGCUGAGGGCCAGCACCAACGAGUUCCUGCUCCUCAUCAUCUUCCUCGCCCUCGGUGUCCUCAUCUUUGCUACCAUGAUCUACUACGCUGAACGGACCGGCGCUAACCCCAACGACCCUCGAGCCAGUGAGCACACACACUUCAAGAACAUCCCGAUCGGAUUUUGGUGGGCUGUGGUGACCAUGACGACCCUCGGCUAUGGAGACAUGUACCCUCAGACGACCUCCGGCAUGCUGGUCGGAGCCCUGUGUGCCCUGGCGGGUGUGCUGACCAUCGCCAUGCCUGUUCCUGUGAUUGUCAACAACUUUGGAAUGUAUUACUCUCUGGCCAUGGCGAAACAGAAACUACCAAAGAAAAAGAACAGGCAUAUCCCUCGGGCACCCCAACCGGGUUCUCCAAACUUCUGUAAGUCAAGCAUCAGCUCCCAGCACCCGAGCCCCAUCCCCAAUGACGACGUUUUCGAGAUAAAGUUUCAAGAUUCCAAGCUUAACGGUGAGGCAGCUAACGCAGCGUUGGCCAACGAAGAUUGCCCUCAUAUAGACCAGGCCAUAUCUCCGGAGGAAAUCUUCAGCCCCAGCGACAGAGAGCGGCCCUGCUUCCUGGUCACCACUGCUGAACGCCCCAACCACACAGGGGGCAGAGUGAGGAGGGGUUAUGAAAAGCCUUGGAGCCUUAACAGCAUGUCUGGCAUGAGCGGGGAUGCCUCUGGAGUGUCCUCAGUGUCCGCCCUGCCCUGCAGCCCACCUUGUCUAAUGCAGCACUCACAUUCUCCCAUCCCAUCCAUUAUGUAGCAUGGUUGAGUAGCAGACACAAUGCCAUUGGAAGGCCAGUCCACACUCCUCCUUCUUAUCUUACCUGUCAAAUUUUGCUUUUUACACUUGCCUUCACUCUUGCUUUCUUUUUUUUUCAUUUUUAUUUCAUUAUUUUUCUGGAAAACUGUAUCUUAACUGUGUCUAAUACUCAAGCUUUACCCAAGUGGUCUCCUUGGGUGUGUCAUCAUAUCCUAGACUAGACAACAUUGGCACAUGCCACUCUGCAUGGGUCACCUCAGUUGCAGACAAAGCACUGUUCAGGCUAACCCCACUCUUUCCUUGUGUUUACAUCAUUGCCUGUUGCUCUGUUGCUUUUGAUCUCACAUACUCUUCUGCCGGUAACUUUUAUCUCAUCUGCUUUUUACAAUUUUGUGAAAGAAACUUUCAUAAGAUGUAACCCCUGCUAAUAAUAUGCUGGACAUUAACACUACAUGGCUCUGAAACAUAUCCAAAAGGUACCAUUGCCAGCUGUUAAGGGAACUCCUCUAAAGUGCUUUGUACGUUGCAAAGUAGAGACGUUAUUAUUCUGAAAGUGCAAUCCAGACGAGGCUCAAUGUUAUCUGAGUGGCCAUUUAAAAAAAUCUAAAAAAUGAACAUGAUGUUCAUGGUGUCCAAUGCAAUAUGGAGAUGAUGACAAUUCCUAUGAUACUAGUGAUGAAUACAUUUUAAUGU